CCUUAAACAAUAAGAUAAAACCAUCACUCUUCACGUCAAAGGAUACAAAGAUGCUUUCGAAGGUGCUGAAGUUACGAUUUACAGAUCCAGAAUGUAUUUUGGAGGGCGAAUACAACGAAUCGUUUAAGUUUAUUGAAGAUGAAAGAAAGUGGGUCCAGAUAAUGAUGGGCUUGCAUAACAAGUACGAAAUGGAGAAUAGCUGCAUUCAAAAGCAGCUCAAAAACUUGUCAGAGGUGUAUGCCGAUUCAUUUUCAAAAAGAGAGACCGAGAUAUUCAACUUUAAUAUGGGAAGGAAAAAUACUAUUGCUAAGCCAGUGCUAUUCCAAUCAAACUUCAUUGCGAAUAACACGAAAUCAGACUACCAAAUAUUUAAGGACUACCAGGUAAACACAAACGAGUAUGUCUCGGGGAAGAAGACCUUCCAGCCAUUUCACGAUAGACUGAGACUGCUGAAGUGCUUGAUUAUUGCAAAGAGAAAACCUACAAAGGAAAGAUCAAUGAAGAUCAUCAAAGCUCUUGAAAAAG